UUCCAUUUCAUCAACCUAUAUCACCCUUUUAUACCCCCAACCACCAUCGCCUUCAUCGACAGAACUAUCAAAGAGAAGCAACUUGUUUUCACUUCUCUGCAUUCCUUUUACCCCUCCUCUUUCUGUACAAACAACCCCAAUUCCUAAAGAGGAGAAUUUAAGGAUAUUGGUUUGUGGAAUUCAGAGGCUGAAUGGGGCUUGAGAUGAAAAGUAAUAAGAGGAACAAGGAGCAUUGUCAAUUGACUAAGGAUAAUAACAACAAUUCGAAUUCUUUCCCUAAUGCUAAUGCCACCAUUUCUGCGAAUAGCAGCCCAAGGAAGAGUCGGCGACGCAACCGCAAGAUGUCCAUGACGCCUGUUCAAAGGCUGUUUGAGACGUGCAAGGGGGUGUUCUCCUCUGGUGGACCUGGCAAUGUUCCUUCUCCAGAGCAUAUCAAAAAGCUACAGGCGGUUUUGGAUGAAUUUAAGCCCGGAGAUGUUGGCCUUACUCCCAAUAUGCCAUAUUUUCGUCCAACCAUUGGCCAGCGAACCCCAGAAAUUACUUACUUGCACCUCUAUAAAUGUGACCAAUUUUCGAUUGGAAUCUUCUGCUUGCCGCCAUCAGGCGUCCUGCCUCUCCAUAAUCACCCCGGAAUGACGGUUUUCAGUAAGCUUCUGUUUGGGACACUGCACAUCAAGUCGUUUGAUUGGGUGGCUGAUGCCCCUUGUGUAUCAGAUGUGAUGAAUUCUGAAGGAAAGAAUCCCGACAUCCGUCUGGCUAAGCUGAAGGUCGACUCUGACUUCAUUGCUCCUUGCAACACCUCGAUCCUUUAUCCUUCUGAUGGGGGCAACCUUCAUUGUUUCACGGCAGUGACACAGUGUGCAGUGCUCGAUGUUCUUGGCCCUCCAUACUCCGAUCCUGAUGGACGACACUGCACCUACUACUACGACUUCCCUUACCCCAAGUUCUCAGUUAAAGCACUCUCAGUACCCGAAGGGGAGGAGGAAGGUUAUGCGUGGCUUCAAGAGAGGGAGGAACCCGAGGAUUUAGCUUUAGUUGCAGCACUGUACAGAGGACCACAGAUUGUGGACAAAUGAGCUCGACCAUCUCCGCCAUCCUCACCAUACCAUGCUCUCCGUCCGUCCAUAUCAUGAUCUUAGCGGCGCGCGACACAGUGGAAGCUUUUGUUUUUUGGUUUCAUGUUUUUAUGUUCAUCCGUUAUUUAUUCUGUGGGAACACAGGCAUUUGGUGCAUUUUUCUUUAAUAUAGUGUCCGUACAUAGGAGGAAACAGAGCCAAAGUGUUCUAGGAAUCAAUGAGAAAUUAAGUGCUUGUUUUUUUUUUUGUCAGGACCCUCAUCUACACUAUUGUCUUUCCCUUUU